CCUUCUCACGUUCAAGGUUAAUAGAAUCAUAUAUAUAUAAUAGAGAAUAGCUGCAUUGUAGAUGCUGGCUUGCUGCGAGAUGCUGUAUUGCUUGAUUCUUGUCUUACGUAACGUCAUAUCGAGCGUGACGUGCCAAUGACAUCAACGUACAAAUUCCAAGCAUGUUUAUUGUGAUAGUGACAGUUGCCUGCGGAGGCUCGUGUGCGCAGUAUCGUUCGCACGUUAAAUCAUUGUCAACUAUUCGUUCGUACAUCCGCAAAUUAAUUCCGACAAAUUUCCAACAACUAAAUUUGCGACCAUGGAAUAUUGGACGAUAUUGUUAUCCAUUGUGAUAGGAGUUCUGGGAUGCUAUUAUCUUUUCAGAACAUUUCAUUACUUCAAGAGCAAUGUUAUCCACAUAUCGCCUCUUCCGCUAUUCGGCAGUAUGUUGCCGUUAAUACUCCACCAAGUCUCACCAGCUCAGUUUGGCGAGAUGCUUUACACUUUCAAGCCGAAAGCAAAGUACUUUGGAUUCUACGUUACGACACAGCCUAUCAUCUUUAUUCGUGAUCCAGAGCUUAUCAAGGAGAUCUUUGUGAAGAAUUUUGAAAUUUUUCCAAAUCGCAUGGGAUUUUCCUAUAUAAAUGAUCCGUUGUUCUCGAAGAACUUAUUUUCUCUUCAAGGGCAAAAAUGGAGAGAUGUGAGAACAAUGUUGAGUCCAGCUUUUACGUCCAGCAAAAUGAAGACCAUGUUUACAUUGAUGCUGGAGUGUGCCGUGGACUUCGCCAAGGCUCUAUCAAAAAAGUCAGUAAAUGAAAACGACGUUGAUAUGAAGGACGUUUUUACCAAGUACACGAACGAUGUGAUUGCCACAUGUGCUUUUGGAAUUAAAGUAAAUUCAAUGAGCGAUCCUACAAACAAGUUCUACGUUAAUGGUAAAGACACUACUGACUUCAGUGGACUGCGCGGCCUUAAAUUUUUCAUUUUCGGAACCUUUCCGACACUAACGCGAAUACUUGGUAUGAAAUUUAUAAGCAAUAAAGUAGGAGAUUUCUUCAGAGAUGCUAUAAAGACUACAAUCGACAUCCGUGAUAAAGAAAACAUUACACGCCCUGAUAUGAUACAAUUGAUGAUGGAUAUAAGAGGCAAACGUGAAGCUGAAAGAGAACUCACUAUUGAAGAAAUGACCGCGCAAGCAUUUGUUUUCUUUCUCGGUGGCUUUGAAACAACCUCUACCGCGAUGUCUUUCAUUGCCCAGGAGAUCGCAGCCAAUCCAGACGUUCAGGAAAAAUUACGCCAAGAGAUAGAUGAUGCUCUGAAGAAUUCAAACGGAGAAGUGUCUUACGAAACCAUUAAUCAUCUUCAAUAUUUAGAUGCCGUGAUAAACGAAACACUCAGAAUGUACCCACCUAUUUUCAUUCUGGAAAGAUUAAGCGUAAGAGAUUAUGAAUUACCUCCCACAUUGCCGGGUGAGAAGCCUUUUAUUUUGAAGAAAGGUAUACCUGUUUGGGCUCCAGUUUAUUCUACUCAGCGUGAUAAGAAGUACUACGAUGAUCCAGAAAAAUUUCGUCCAGAGAGAUUCUUGGGCAACAAUACAUACCACAACACUCCGUAUUACGCACCAUUCGGGUUGGGGCCACGAAUGUGUAUAGCCAACAGGUUUGCCAUGCUGGAAAUUAAAGUCUUGCUAUUUCAUGUACUGGCUCGGUGCGAUUUGAAACUUUCGUCGAAAUCUAUUUAUCCUAUAAAAUUUAGCAAAUCGAGUGCCACUAUGACUGCAGAGGGCGGCUUUUGCAUUGAAUAUCUGUUUCAAAAGUUUAAUUACUUCAAAAGACAAGGUGUCAUUCACGUGCCACCUGUUUCGAUAACGACCGCCAUACUUUCGAUGGCGUUUCGUCGAAAAACAUUAGUCAGCCUCUUUCAAGAAGUAUACUGUUUCAAGCCAAACGCUAAAUAUGUUGGAUUCUACGGUUUAGCGACUCCGAUUGUCCUGCUUCGCGACCCGGAAUUAAUCAAGGAGGCCCUCGUUAAGAAUUUCGAGACAUUUCCCAAUCGACGCGGGUUCGCCGAAGUGAAGGAUCCGCUGUUUUCAAAAAGUUUGUUCUCUCUUAAAGGGCAAAAAUGGCGAGACGUGAGGAGCUUACUGAGUCCGGCUUUCACGUCCAGCAAGAUGAAAACUAUGUACGUUUUGAUGUCGGAGUGCGCUAUCGAUUUUGGCCAGUUCCUGUCGGAUGUACCAGCUGAUAAAGCCGACAUGAAUAUGAAGGAUGCCUUCACGAAAUUUACAACCGAUGUUAUUGCCACAUGCGCUUUCGGAAUUAAAGUGGACUCCAUGAGAGAUCCGACGAACAAAUUUUACAUCUAUGGUAAAGACGCAACUAACUUCGCUGAUGGUUUUCGUAUCUUUAAUGUGAUGAUUUACACAAUCUUCCCGAGACUCGGUCGACUUCUCGGCAUUAAGGAUCAUGUAACGAAGUUUUUUAAAGAUAUUAUAAAAAACACGAUUGUCGCACGUGAUACCAAGAAUAUCAUACGUCCGGAUAUGAUACAAUUAAUGAUGGAUAUGAGAGGCAAAUGUGAGGCCGACAGAGAAUUGAAUAUCGACGAAAUGACAGCACAAGCGUUCAUCUUCUUCUUUGGUGGUUUCGAAACUAACUCAACUGUAAUGUCCUUUAUUGCUCAUGAGAUUGCGGUUAAUCCCGACGUCCAAGCGAAGUUACGGCAGGAGAUUGACAACGUCCUGGACGAGUCAAACGGAGAAGUGACUUACGAAGCGGUCAAUGGACUUGAAUAUUUGGACGCGGUAAUAAACGAAGUUCUCAGAUUAUAUCCCCCGAUGGUUAUCAUUGAAAGAAUAUGUGAAAGAGCUUAUGAAUUACCACCCGCAUUGCCGGGUGAGAAAUCAUUCACUAUGAAGAAAAGCCAGCUCGUUUGGGUGCCGGUUAUCUCGAUUCACCGCGAUGAGAAGUAUUACCCUAACCCGGAAAAAUUCUGUCCGGAGAGAUUCUUAGACAAGAACGCAUAUCAAAACUCGGUGUGUUAUUUACCAUUUGGAUUAGGGCCGCGAAUGUGCAUAGCCAACAGGUUUGCCUUACUAAAGAUCAAGGUCUUAAUGUUUCAUCUACUGGCGCGAUGUGAGCUGAAACCUUGCGCGAAAACCUGCCUGCCGAUGAAAUUUGAUAGGAAAAAUAUGUUUUUGUCGCCCGAGGGUGGAUUCUGGUUGAAUGUUCAACGUAGAAGCGAUAUACAUCCUAAACUUCGGUCGGUUACAUCUAAAAGCGGUAUUAUUAAUCCUUAAAUAACGUUUUACACGCAUUAAAGAUGAAUUUUAUCACGUGGAAUCGUCUGCAGAUAGCAAAUAAUUAUUCGAAAAAAGUUCUAUAUGUUUGUGUACUAGAUUUUCUGUAACAAAAUAUAAUAACAGAUAAUAUUGUUAUGUAUCCUAACGUUAUUAUAUUGUACGUAAAUAAUAUUGUAAGUUAUCACA